AUGCCAACCCACAGUGACAUCAGCGCCCAUACGCAAGUCCCAGCUGCUUCGACCGCGCCCACACGACCAACUUGCCCGCCGGAUAGCGACAGGAUAACCUCCUGGAUAGAGUCUGCAGAAGGAAGAAUUGACGCUGCGGCCGACGAUGGCUCGCUGACCGCGCAGACUUCACCAGCUGCAACGGCCGAGGGCCUUGGUUCUGACUCGGCUAUGACAACCGAUGAAGCUUCAUCUCCGCAGCAGCAGCAGCACGAGCAGCCUCAGGGAUCCGGACCUGCGACGGGUAGUGACAGCGCUGCUACUGCUGCUGCUGCCUCUGCCGUACCGUCCUCAGGAGCUGACGACAUGGGUGCUGGCGCUGGCGUGGUCGAGUCCCUGGCCACUGCCGAAGAAGUGCGCUCUCCUGUGUCUGACACGACCGCCAUCACCGACGACUACGAUGAGACCGACGAGCCGAUGACGCCCACGACGAGCGUCUCUGCUGCCACCGAGAUCAAGGACGAGCAGCGGGAGCCUGCUGCUCCAGCCGUCCCGGACAUCCUGGCCACUCACCGGACUGCCAUGAGCUUUCAGUACUCCGAUGCCAGACUCGUGCCGGACCACUCUUCCUCGUACUUUAGAGGCGGCAGCAGGUUUACGGGUACUCAGCAGUCUGACCAGCAGAUCUACACCGUCGACGUGGAGAUCAAGAAUGUCGACAUGUCUGAAUCCUACCUCUGCGGAUACCUCAAGAUCAAAGGCCUGACGCCGGAUCACCCGACUCUAACAACUUUCUUCGAAGGCGAGAUCAUUGGCACCAAACACUCCUUCCAGACUCGCCAUGAGGACUGGGGCGCCACCGAAAAGACCGAUAUGCACCACUGGUCCCGGUUCCCAGCAUGGCGGCCUCUAUCUCGACUGGCCAAGCAGCCAGACUUCACCUUCAAGGACUACGCCCAGCGAGAGAACAUCUUUAUGCGGUGGAAGGAAGCCUUCCUUGUGCCCGACCACCGUGUCAAGACCAUCUCCGGCGCCAGCUUCGAAGGGUUCUACUACAUCUGCUUCAACCAGGUCCAGGGUACCAUCAGUGGCAUCUACUUCCAUGCGAAGAGCGAAAAAUACCAACAGCUUGAGCUCAAGCCCGUGGAGAACUACGGAUGCUGCGCGGCCGUCGAAUUUCGAUGA